AUGAUUAAAUUGCGGUAACUAUUUCGUUUCUCAAAGAUUCAAAAUAAAAGUUCAAUUGAUGGAAUCAUUGAAUAAAGAAGAACAAUUAAUCGAUAAUUUUCAAAGGAAGAAUUACAAGGCAGAGAUUUAUAAAUAUUUUGGCAUAGUCCUUAAACAGAUAUUGUAAUUUAACUUGUACUCUAUAUGAGACAUGAUUGUCAUCUUUGUUAAAAAGCCUUCUCUAUAUUGAAUUAUUACAAUAUCAGUUUUGAUAAAGUCGAAAAUAUGUUGUUUUUAGAUUUCGCAAAGAAAGCAAAGGUAAUUACUCUUGAGAAAUGGGAAUGGCCAGUCUUGAAAGUAAAUGUCUCUCUAGAUUCAACAUAAUUCGUAACAGGCCCAGAAAACAUUGUUUCUUUUCUGAUAAACAAAGAAUUAAUCUUGAAUCCUAGUCACAUGACCAAUACAAUAGCUGCCCAAUAAGGAAUUGAGUGCGUCAUGCAGAAAAUUAAAAAACCAUUAGACUUGAUCUUCUUAAAUCCCAUGCUAACAUGGCAAAACCUUUUCAAAUCAAGUCCAGAUUCCUAUGCUAAAGAUUCUAAGAAUUAUUUACUCAUUAAUUAUAUGUUAAAGGUUGGAUAUAGAGCAUUUACCUAAAGUACAAGAAACAUUUACUAAAUGAUAAGAUAAAAGGAAGCCUAUUUUAAAGCUUAAACAGAACUACUUGAAGGUUUGAAUGAAUGGAUUUAAAGGUUAAAUGGAUAACAGUUUCAUGGAGGAUAGAAACCAGAUGAAGCAGAUUUUGAAUUAUUUGGUGUAAUAAUGAGCAGAUACAAUAGCAAUUCCUUUAAGAAAUUUAUAGAAAACAAAGCGCCAUUUAAAUUCUAUUAAUGGGUGUUAAGAAUGUAGCAAUCAUGUAGAUAUGAUUAAAACCGCUUUUAUGCAAACACUGAUACAAAUGUUAUGGAAUGA